GAGACAGAGGCGACGGCACCGCCCUCCGGAGAGAGCGGCAGGGAGAGGCUGGUGCGAAGCGCCGCAUCUCAAUGAGGGCCGGGCUAAUGCAAAUCACUGCAACCGGCAGCAGCAGAAGAAAGGCGAAGCAGCUGCAGCCCGGGCUCCCCAGCAGCGCGCUCCAGCCAGGGGAGGCGUAACAAAGGCAGUGGAGCCGCUUUCUGCGGCAGCUCCUGCUAUUAGAGCCGGGUGGUCGCCGGGGGGGAAGGGGGAGCUGUCGCUCUCUGGCCUCGUCCUAUUUGGAGCUGCCGCCUUCCCUCCGCGCCCCGCCAGCAGGUCCGAGGGAGAAGGUGCUCGCCAGGCUGCGGAGAACAGAUUGAACUUCAACAUGUCCUUUGGGAGAGAUAUGGAGCUGGAGCAUUUUGAUGAGCGUGAUAAAGCGCAGCGAUAUGGCAGGGGGUCCCGGGUAAAUGGUUUGCCCAGCCCUACUCACAGUGCCCACUGCAGCUUUUACCGAACCCGCACUCUACAGACCCUGAGUUCUGAGAAAAAAGCCAAGAAAGUUCGUUUCUAUCGUAAUGGAGACCGGUAUUUCAAAGGGAUUGUAUAUGCCAUCUCCCCUGACCGGUUUAGAUCCUUUGAAGCUCUCCUGGCUGAUCUGACCCGAACUCUGUCUGACAAUGUGAAUCUGCCCCAGGGAGUGAGAACAAUCUACACGAUUGAUGGCUCCAAGAAGAUUUCCUCCUUGGACCAGCUAGUGGAAGGGGAAAGCUAUGUAUGUGGUUCCAUAGAACCCUUCAAGAAACUGGAGUACACGAAGAAUGUAAACCCAAACUGGUCAGUGAAUGUUAAGACAACUUCUACUUCUCGUUCAGUGCCGUCUCUUGCCACUGCUAAAGGAGGUACUCCAGAUGCAAAAGAAAAUAAGGAUUUCAUUAGGCCUAAACUAGUCACUAUCAUCAGGAGCGGAGUGAAGCCACGAAAAGCAGUCCGGAUUCUGCUCAACAAGAAGACAGCACAUUCAUUUGAACAGGUUCUUACUGAUAUAACUGAUGCCAUCAAGCUGGAUUCAGGGGUGGUUAAACGCUUAUACACACUAGAUGGAAAACAGGUGAUGUGCCUUCAGGAUUUCUUUGGCGAUGAUGACAUUUUUAUUGCAUGUGGACCAGAAAAGUUCCGUUACCAGGAUGAUUUCUUGCUGGAUGAAAGUGAAUGUCGGGUGGUGAAAUCCACUUCCUAUACCAAAAUAGCUUCGACUUCCCGUAGGAGCACCACCAAGAGCCCGGGCCCAUCCCGACGCAGCAAGUCUCCUGCUUCUACUAGCUCAGUGAAUGGAACCCCUGGUAGCCAGCUUUCUACUCCCCGCUCUGGGAAGUCUCCAAGCCCAUCUCCCACCAGUCCAGGAAGUCUACGGAAACAGAGGAGCUCCCAACACAGUGGCUCCUCUACCUCAUUAGCAUCCACCAAAGUUUGCAGCUCUAUGGAUGAAAAUGAUGGACCUGCAGAAGAAGUGUUGGAGGAAGGUUUCCAGGUUCCAGCAUCAAUAGCAGAGCGAUACAAAGUUGGAAGGACUAUAGGAGAUGGAAAUUUUGCUAUUGUGAAGGAGUGUAUAGAAAGAUCAACUGGUAGAGAAUAUGCCCUGAAAAUAAUCAAAAAAAGUAAAUGUAGAGGAAAAGAACACAUGAUCCAGAAUGAGGUAUCUAUUUUAAGACGAGUAAAGCAUCCCAACAUUGUACUUCUGAUUGAGGAGAUGGACAUGCCAACUGAGUUGUACCUUGUCAUGGAACUUGUAAAAGGAGGAGAUCUUUUUGAUGCUAUCACUUCCACCAACAAAUAUACAGAGAGAGAUGCCAGCGGGAUGCUUUACAAUCUGGCCAGUGCCAUCAAAUAUCUUCACAGCCUGAACAUUGUCCACAGGGAUAUCAAGCCGGAGAAUCUACUGGUUUAUGAACACCAAGACGGAAGCAAGUCCCUGAAGCUAGGAGACUUUGGCCUAGCAACAAUUGUGGAUGGACCUCUAUAUACUGUUUGUGGGACCCCAACAUAUGUAGCUCCAGAAAUCAUUGCAGAAACUGGAUAUGGCUUGAAGGUGGACAUCUGGGCAGCGGGUGUGAUUACUUACAUCCUGCUCUGUGGCUUUCCUCCGUUCCGUGGAAGUGGAGAUGACCAAGAAGUACUUUUUGACCAGAUUUUGAUGGGACAAGUGGAUUUUCCAUCUCCAUAUUGGGACAAUGUUUCUGAUUCUGCAAAGGAACUUAUCACGAUGAUGCUUCAAGUAGAUGUAGAUCUACGAUUCUCAGCCUUGCAAGUUCUUGAGCAUCCAUGGGUUAAUGAUGAUGGCCUUCCAGAGAAUGAACAUCAGCUCUCAGUAGCUGGGAAGAUAAAGAAGCAUUUCAACACAGGCCCUAAACCGAACAGCACAGCAGCUGGAGUUUCUGUCAUAGCACUGGACCACGGGUUUACCAUCAAGAGAUCAGGGUCUUUGGACUACUACCAACAACCAGGAAUGUAUUGGAUAAGACCACCGCUCUUGAUAAGGAGAGGCAGGUUUUCCGACGAAGACGCAACCAGGAUGUGAGGGGACGUUAUAAGGAACAGCAAGCUCCACCUGAACUCAACUCCGAAUCGGAAGACUAUUCACCAAGUUCAUCCGAGACUGUUCGCUCACCUAACUCACCCUUUUAAUAAAACACUUUUACUCAAAAGUCUUGGCUUUAACCCUUUGAGACCCUGAAAAUCCUUCAGACCUGUGUGAAGUGAUUACAGCUGAUCUAUCCAGCGGUAAAUGCUGGGAUGGUGGAACACAAAAGGGUGCUCACAGAAUCUUUGUAAGAAUAAUUUCCUAAUUGAUUGAAAUACGUGUUCUCUAUUUAGAUUGCAACUUGCUGCUAAUAUGAUCCUCAAAGGGUUAAGGCUAUUUUGCUUUUUUAUUUAAAGAUAGAAGCAGUGAAUGUUUUCAUCAGUGAAGCUAGGAACUGCAGUAUGUAAUUUUAGCACGUUAACCCUCUGAGUAAAAGAUCAACUUACUUAAAUCUUGACAACCCACAUUAGGGCUUUAUUUUUUCUUUUUUGCUUUUAUACGCACAUAUCUUUUAUAGUACCCUAAAGUUCCUUGCCUGUUUCUGGCCAAAUCAAACGCACUAUUCCUUAGGGGUUACAAAUAUAGGCUUUAAAAAUGAAAAUAAAAUUAAACGAACAGUAUAUUCUAUAGCAGCUCUUUCUAAACCUGCAUCAUACUUCCACAGGCAGUGACUGUUGUUGGAGGAUAUUAUGCAGGCUAAAUGGGAAAUUCAGUUUAGGGCAGACUCAUAGUUUACAGAAGAUGGCAUGAUGAUGGCUACAAAAGGUUGCUUCCAUAUCGUUUGCUGCUAAUGACAAUGCAGAGUCUUGGGAAAUGGCUUGAGGACACGUUCUGUCAUGUAAUGGUAUGUAAUGAUCUAGCUGAGAAGUUCCUGGUUCCUUUGCCUCACAUUCAGAAAUGUACAGGCAUUCUCUCAACAUGACCUGGUUAUCCUGGGAGAGUCAUUUUUAAAGAUUAAUAUUGAUAAGAAUAACACUUAAAAUAGCUGAAGUACUUCUAAAUCCGGGAAAAUACAAGUAAUUUCAUAUAUAUGUAAAACCUAAACUGAAUUAGUGGAAGUUCUGUCUUAGAAUGGACAAACUAAAAAUUAUCACCAGUUCUAUUUGUAAUAUUUAAUAAAAUGGAUGUUUACAGAGAGUAUACACAUUUGUAGUUUGUUAAAACCUCAACACAGCAUUAUAGCAUUUUAUUUAACCAUUAUCCUAAAGUUGGCUUUCACAGAAAUAUUACACUUUGUAGACUUUUGCUUCAAAUGUGAUAAUUUAAAAGAAAAAAAAUUAUGAAAUCAUUCAGAAUAUCAAUUGAAUGAAAAAGGCAACUUCCAAACUCCUAUUCUAAAAUAAAAACCAACAUUGCAAAAUUUAUACUUGCUUUUAUUACUCAUAUAAAAUGGAAGUUUUCUGCUCUAAAGUUAAAAUUUUCUCUGUUUUUAAAAAGUCACAUAGAUGUGUUUGCUUCUCUCUCUCUCUCUCCUUGCUCUUUUUCUCUUUCUUUAUCCCUUUUUCUUUCAAAUUAUACCACUAGAAAUAUCAAUACGCUGCCCAAAAAAAAAAGCAGACUUUUCUGAUCUUGCUAGGAAGUAUAAAUAAAUUUUGGAGGAACAGGGCAAGUUGCCUACAGAGCCACUUCCUGUGACUCGUAUUUGCUCAAGGAACUGUCCCUAAGAGCAGCUGUGGCAGCGAAUGUGUACCUGCAGCUUGUUGAAGCUAGUGUAAUUCUCUUUUGCAUUUCUAGUUGGAAGUAUCAUUUGAACUGUAUUUCAAGAAACAUUGAAAUUCUUUUGUUUCUCCAUCCUUUGAAGUGCAUCUUUCAUUGCCUCAACCGUGAAAAUUUAUAUUCUAAAAGCUCUAAAGAUUUCAAAUACAGGAAUUUCAUCUUGUGAAUCUUCACACAAGUGGUACAAGCAUUUCAUACAGAAUACUUUUAAAUUCACCCAGUGUUAAUAAUCUAGAAACGAGACAUUUAAUAGAAACUAGUUCUCCAGAUUUCCUUGGUAAUACAGAGAGAUGAGCAUUUCCAGGUUUGAUUCAUCUCACCUGUCAUGGGCACACAUUUUAGGCAGGACUCAUGCUUUGAUUCACCUAUUGCUCUCCAUUGAUGGUAGAAGAAAGUGCUGGAAGCUUACAUCUGACACCAAACUUCAGCUUAUGAGUUUAGUAGAAUGAAUCUCACCCUAAGUCAUUGGGAGACUCUGAUCUCUGAACAUACAUCCAUGGGCAGAAGGCCUGUGCACAGCCUCUGUUACUGGAACCUGAGUCAUAACAUCUUAACCCAAGUGAAGCAAAUAAGUGUCUUGUUGGAGAACUCCACAGGGGAAAGAAGUGAAGGGAUAAAGGAACUGCUAUACAAAAGUUCUCAUAUUUUAGGUUUUGGGAAAGGGCUAUCUGUGGCAGAUCCAUGCCCAGGUGACCCUAGAGUCACAGCAGAGAGAAGAUCCUUGGUAGAUAGGGCACAGCCACUGGACUGUGAUGUUGUUGGUUGUAGUUUGAUAACAUUUGGAUAGGACAGGGAUUAUUUUUCCUCAGCCAAGGUAAAGCCUCCCUUGUCACUUACCUUCAUCAAUUUACUGUAGGUCAGGAUCUGUCACAUGUUCUUCCAGCAUCGUUCUUCCCACAUUAUAUCACAGCCUUCCCUUUAGGAGAGAUACAACUCAGCCAUGUAAAUGAAAGACAUAUAUUUCAUAAUAAAAAAGUAUCCAUUAAUACCACAUGCUACUUGACUAUUGGGAAACUUCGGCAGUCUUAAAGCAAAGGCCAACGUUCAUUCUUCUUAAUUAGAGAGGGAAGUCAGGACAAAAAACUAAAUAUAAAAAUAUACUUCACCUUAUGCAUGUGAAAUAUUAUUCAAAAACCCAUCUGGGAUUUUCCUAUCACCUUUGCUUUACUUUAGAAUACAGGGUUAUCAUUAAAAUGUUUGGCUCCUUCAUCUUACACCAUCUUGUACUACUUCAAAUAAAUGUGAAAAUAAUCCUAGAUCCUGAAAACCCUACUCUUCCCCAGCAUCUUAUAUGUUUCUGAUCUUUGGUUCCUGUUUUAUGAACUUAAGUAUAAAAAUACAUUUCUUCCUUGUUAUUUUUUAGGUCUGUGAGAGAGUGGGUUUCAAAUUGCUGAUAGCCUCUUUUUUAGGCCUCAAGGAAAGAUAUCUGAAUAUUUAAACUGUUUUAAAAGAGUUUUCAAAGAUGUUUUUAAAUAUAUCUGUGUAUCCAUAUAUAUUUUUAAAUAUAACCAUAUAUAUGUGUAUAUGUGUAUGGUUUCAUGGAAAUAAUAAUGGUUCAGGCUCGUUUGGCAGUGACUGCCCUUUUUCUUGUCUAACCUCUGAAUUCCUGGGGGUAAGUGAAGACAGAAAAUGUGGGCCUAAAAAUACUUGAAACACCAGUGAAAACAAGAAAUCAAAGAUAACAGACUAUUUCUAAUGUGAUAAUCUGUGAGAGCAGAGAGCACAUAGCACAGUGUGGUCAUUUUACUAUAAUACAUACCAGUCCUCCUCACUUCUUCCUUCAUUUCGCUUUUGAAUCAUUGCAUUGUACUGUUGCUAAAUGUGACGACAAUUUUCUUUUCCUAAUGCGUAUUACAUAUACAAGGCCAACUUCUUCCCACCAAGCCUGUGUAGUUAGCUGAGAUGGAUGGCAGUCCUGGUAGGAACUGUCUAUCACCAGGGAGAUGGAGAGGAGCACUUCCAAAGGGUGCUUCAGGUCAUCUAAUAUUCGGUCUCUGGAGAUGCUUGAUAAUCUGAUCUUAAUAUUAACAAAAGUGUAGGACAGGAUCACUUCCAGCUUAAAUCUUCUCAAUUAAAUGUAAGUGAGGAUAAUGUGGACUCCAACCUAAGUGCAAUAUUUUAGUGAGCUUACAUUCAGUGAAUAAACUUUGAUGUGAAAAUGUAGUACUGAUAGGUGAUAGCACAGGAUUAGUUAAAUGGCACCGAGCUGGGCAUUGUCUCAUAUAGAUGUAUCCAUCUAAUAGUUAAGCGUCAAAUCUAGGGCAAUCAUCUAAAAUUCCCUUAUAGUUGCUAGAGACUGGCUUCUUCAGUAGGUAAUUAAAACUUGAGAAUGGAUGAAUAGCUCACUAGAUGAGGUGCCUAGCCAAAAUAUAUCUAGAGCAUGAUUCAUUAAGUCAUGACAUAUAAAUUAAUAUUUCUGUAAGUUACAAUUCUCAUAGCAUUAAUGUACAAAAAAAUUCCAGAAUAUUAUAGUUUUACUCAGAGGGUUAACAGAAGAGCACUAGGCAUGCUGAUUACAUUGGUGUAUCCAAACUGCUUUGCUUUUUUAGCCAGUGUUUGCUGAUUUUUUCAGAAAAUUCUUGAAAAAUUUCAAGUUUGAAAUAAUUUCAGUGUUGUCGUUUAAGGAAUUUCUAUAACCAAAUCUUAUUUUUAGCUUAACUUAUCACAGGAAUAAUAUGUAUCAUUGAUGCAAUGUAAGUCUGUAGUUAUCAAUUUUAUUAAUUCCACAAGUGACUCCAGAAAUCUCUCUUUUUUUAAGUACUUACUAUAGAGCUUAUAAUGGUGGCAUAGGUGACUGAGCCUGUCUUUCUUAUAGGUAAACAAACAGUAUUGUAAUUUCAAGAAAGUCCUAAGAAUCAGCUUUUCAGUUUGGUAGUGUAUUAGUUAGGGGGAAGCUAUCUCAUGACAUGCAUUGUGUAAAUCAUCUUUGUAGAUGAAGAUUGUUCAUAUUAAUGAACACAUUCUUUUUCCUUGACAUUGUAGCAGAAACUGUUUACUUGUUAAUGAACAACCAAUACAUUAAUUUGCUUCAGACUGUUAGAGGGGAAAGUGAGAUUCCAGUCAUUGACAAUGUUAUUGCUUUACAGUAGCCCUCAUCUAAUUUAAAUGUGGUGCAUACUACAAUAAGCAAAGCCAAACCUGUGAAUAAACUCCUGAAAAAGC